AUGGCCGAUACCGGUGCAAGCGCGACCGAGCGUCGUUUCACUAUGCCGCGCCGCGAUGCUACUAGUAUAGCCCAGGGGCGCAAUACAGGAGGCACCGCUGCAACUUCAUCUCCUUUGAUCGAUCUUGGAGAUGCCAGCCCGAAGAGGACCUCAACACACCUUGGGGACCUCCAGACCCCAUACCCCUCGUCAAAGCGCGUGAAACGCGAGGCGCGCUCGCCGAGUGGCACACUUGAAAGUCUCAACUCUAUCGCGCAACCCACUGCUCCUAUUGCGGGCGCGUCGACCAGGCCGCAAUCUGCUACGACCGCACAGCAUACAGAAGGCGCGCAUGCCGCUGCGAGUCCGUGCACAUCGCUGCCCAUUAAGUCGGCGACCUUCUGGUACCCCGACGGAAAUGUCGUGAUCAAGGGUGACACAACCUACUACAAGCUGCACAGUUCGCGCCUGGCGCGGUACUGCAUCUACUUCAAGAAGCUGUUCGCCGACGAUGCCAACGAGUACGAAGAUCGGUGCGAAGAGAUCGACGGCUGCCCCAUAUAUCACAUUCCUGCCGAUCUAGACUUGGGCGACUUUGAAAAGUUGCUGAUCGUGCUAGAGACCCCGCUCAUAUAUACAGAUGCGCCACCAACACAGGCCAUCGCGCUGUCCCUCGUUCGCGCCGCCCACAGCCUGUUGUGCGACGUGGUGCUCAAACUCGCGAGGAAGCACCUCUGUGCCAUCUGGGACGCCGAGAAUCCCCCGAAGGCGUCCCGGCACCCCACAACGAAGACGAACCCCGCUCCGUCGUCUCUGUCGGCCGAUACCACAGCCGUGCACACAUACCACGACGCGGUGUUUAUCAUCUUAUUCGCGCGCCAGUACGGCAUCCCGGAGCUGCUCAAACGCGCAUUCUACGAACUCCUCGCGAGCGCCGAGUUCUGGGCCACGCUCACCGCGGACCGCAAGCAGAUCAGGCUCACCGAGGCAGACCUGCUGCGCCUGUACAAUGCGCGGCACGUCCUUCAGCAGCGCUGGCGCGAAGCGGUCGUGCUCGCGCCGUACAUGGACGAGAAGGGCGUGUCGACGUGCCGGGGGAACGGGUCCGCGUGCUCGAUAUACAACCACCUCUAUUCGAGUAGGUCCCAGCACUGGCGCAAGAUGAUGCUGGAGAGCGAGGUGGUCGAGGCGGGGAUGGGUGAUCCGCUGCGGUACGAUGCGUCGAACGGGCUGACGAAGGAGCAGAAGGAGACGUGGUGCCGGGGGUGCCGCAAGGGGUGGACGGACAUGCUCGCGGUGAAGCGGAGGGAGUGGUGGGCGAGCUUCGGCGAGCUGAUGCAGCUCGCGUGA